AUGUCGACGUUGCGAGAAGAGAACAGACUGUGGCAACAAAUCAAACAAUUGCAGUACAUACCAAAGGAGAAUCGUAACGAGUACAACUAUCGUACUCCUUUACUUACGUUGAUUGAGAAGGUGUUUGUGACGGAUUUACAAUUUGCAUUUGAACAACAUGCUGAUCUAUUGUAUUUUAAUGUAUUGAGAGAGCAAAUUGAUCUCUUCAAAAAACAAACACCAAUGAAAAGCAACGAAAGAAUGCUCAAAACGCAGAUGUACACCGCAAUCUAUGAAAGUCUUGGUGAGCUGGCUAAUUUGAGUGUAGUCGUUCAAGAUAAAUAUGGUUUUGCGAUCAACGAUGUGCCUAUGAUCUCGUCGAUGUGUCCUCACGCCAUUCGUUUGCCUUCAUCGUCGUCAUCAGCUCCGACCUCUGAUCCCGUGAACUCAUCGCCUCCUCCCCGUCUAUCACCACUCCUCAUCGCUCGUUUCUCGCAUUUCAUUUGUAUUCGUAUGGGUGAUCUGUUCAGAUAUUUGGGCGAUACUCAAAUGGCUCGUGAAUUAUACACGUGUGCAUUUCGUGCGAAUCCGGAUGAUGGUCAAUCGUGUAAUCAGGUGUUAACUGCCACAAUUAUUGCACUGGUGGAGAGUAUCGAGAAGCAUUACUUAGAAGCGUUGUAUUAUCACGUUCUCGCGAUGAAUGCUCGCGAAUCGUUCACACCAGCUUCGGCGAAUAUCGAGCAAAUUUUCAAUAAAUUUGCGUCGAUCAAUAUUGAAGACGAUAAUAAUGAUUACGAUUCAGUUUUUCUCAAAGUGAUCGGCAGAUGUCAUAGUUUGAGUUCAUUAGAUAAGAAUGUGUUCGAACGAAUGCAUGAAUCGCUGAGAGAUUCAAAACGCAAAAUUGAUUACUCGACAAAACUGCGGAUGUAUUUCGUUAUAUUAGUAUCAGUUUGGUAUCAGCUGGGUGUAUCGCAAGACGAAGUGAAGUGUUCGAAUUAUAUUGUCAAUAUUAUCACUGAUCAUUUCAGUUUUCUGUUACAACUUUCACUUAUGGAAGAUCAAGCAACGGAAAUUAAGCAACAACUGUUGUCAACGUUAUGGAUUCAUGUGAGUUGGAUCGAAACGAAGAAAAUUUCUCUGGUGAAUCGAAUAGCGGAUGAUUUGAAGUGGAUACGUAAUUUAGCAUGCCUGAUCGAUGAUUACGAUCCCAACCUCACGUUAAAGUGUGAAAAUAUUCAUUUCGUACCGCUAUCCUUCUUGGAUUACGAAAGGGCAUCGGUUGAAUCGCUCGUCUCUCGACUUACCAUAAUUCUAUUGAGAACACUCAAAUCGUAUCGAAUCUCUGAUUUACCCAACGAGCACUUCACUGCAUUUAUUGACGCGCACUCUUCGUCGUUCGCCGAGCGUCGCCGACAGCGAGUCUCACGUACUGCUGCAGUGCUAUCAUCUAUUUAA